AUGUGGGUCUUCACGGUAUGCCCCGGCAACAGGAUACUUGUUCGUGAUGGCGACUCCGUCUCUGCGCUGGCUGAAGCUACCUGCCGCCAUCUCCAGUCAGUCGGUGCAGGUGGCUGCCAGCAGGGGGAGUUGACAGACAUACAGGAGUCUUUGCGGACCUUGACGGAAGACUUCAGCAAGGUGAGUCUGGGAGAGCAGGUUCUGAAACAGCUCCACCUAGGUUGGGACCUUCUGCUUACACACAGGGCCCCAGAAGAAGCUCGUCUUCAUUUUGUGAACGUUUUGUCACGAUUCCCCAAGAGCCGGUACCUGCUUCGAGAGCUCGCUGCCGCAUCAACGCUGGCAUUUGCGCUGCCUCGUUCUGGUGAUUCAAACGUUCUGCACUGGGGCCCUAAUGGCACAUGGGCGCACGCCUCACCUCCAAGUUCAACAGGCUUGGCUGAGGCCUUUGAUGGCUGGGAGGCAUAUUCCAUGAUUCGAUUUCACCAGCCGUUCAUGUUCUUGAGUGAGGAUGAGCCGGAGCUUCUUGCUGUCCACAUGCCAUCACACGGAUUCUUUCCAUGUGGAGAAAUUCGCCCAACUGACAGCAAUGUUGGUUUGUUGGGUCUUGUGUACGAGCACAGAUUGCGACAUGACAAGCUUCUAAUUGAAUUGCUACGAAGCGAAAAUCUGAUAUCAAAUGCAAUCGCUCAAGGUGCAUUAGUGGCCUAUGAUCGUGUGCUCGGUGCAGCAGAACGCGUGGAGGGUGGGCUUCUGCGCCCGACUGACGAGCACUGGCACAGCCUGUAUCCGUUCCACAAUCGCAGACUCUACGUUCAUCCGAGCCCGCGCCUUGCACUACCAGCAUUGACUCCAUAUCCAGAGCUUCAAAUUCGGCUUUUGCACAGCACAGCUCCACCCUCGAAGCGCUCAAGUCGAGCCGGCGGAUUUCUGGCAUCGGGGGGCGUGCUGGUUGUUGACGACCUCCUGACGCAGGAUGCCUUACUGCAGCUACGGAGCUUUGCCGAGUUGUCGACCAUCUGGUACCAGGAGCGACCGCACUAUCUGGGUGCUGGGUUUAGCACGGGCUUUGCGUCGCCGCUGCUCUCGCAGAUUGCAGAAGAAUUGCGGGGCUUGCUUGCUGAUGUUCUGUGCGACCUGCCGCUGGCAAAUGUGUGGGCUUUUAAGUAUGAUGAUGAGUCUGAAACCGGAAUUGACCUGCAUGCAGAUGCUGCCGCAGUGAACGUAAAUCUGUGGAUUACGCCAGAUGAAGUUAAUCUCGACAAUUCCAGCGGCGGACUUGUAAUCUUCGAUGCCUCUGUGGAUGAGCGCAGUUCCUCCUUUGAGUCGUUCAACCAGAUGGAUUCUGACAAGAACCGCCUUUUGUCGGACCUGCUUGGCGAGUCGGAGUACGCAAACGUCACCGCGCCGUAUCGACAGAACAGGGCUGUCGUUUUCGAUUCUGCCCGCAUACAUAGCACCCAGCGACUGGCUUUCAAAAAGUUGGGCGUAUCGUCAAGGCGGAUCAACAUCACCUUUCUGUUCGGGGCCAAGGGGACUUACUGCCCCCUAAGACGCUCAGCAAAGACCGUCUUGCAUGAGUGA